AAAAUGAAACCUGACUAUUUAAAGAUACUGAGGAUAACAGAUAAAGUCAAUGGAAAAAAUUUCACCCUGAUAAACCCAGUUAUACUAAAGAUAAAGAGCUAUCCACCCAAACUGAUAUAUCCACUCAAAUUAGUACAGAUAGUUAACAGUAAGCCAUAUGAAGUAUUUUACCACAAGGACAACACGGAGAAUUACCCUGGAUGUGAUGUUAAUUCACUGGAUCAACAGUGUGAGAAAGGUUUCAAGGGAUUUUGCUGUAGUUGUGACAACAGAAAGGAUAAUUACCCCUAUCACAUGAGAGGAGGACAGGAGUGUAGUAUUAAUGUUUCUAGUACACAUUGUAUUCAGUAUGAUCCAUUAUGCCAAGUACCGAUUUCAGCCACAUAUUCAUUAGUCAAUUAUACUGACAAUGAUCUACUGAAAUAUAAAAGGAAUAUUCUACUGAUUCCACAAACAACUAGUGAAGAAAAGUCUCAGUUCAUGUUGUUAAAUAAAACAUGGAUUGGGGAGGAGUGUAAUGAGAUUGGUGUAUCACUGGCAGCAUUCAAUAACCAAUCAGAUAAAUGUCAUAAAUCAGCACAGAAGUUCACACAGGUAAUUAGAGAGAUAGAAUACACAGACAACAGUCAGACAGAGACAUUACAUAUCAUGUUAUAUAACCAGGGAUAUAUGAUGAAGGAUGUUUCUGUACAGCUACAGAAUUGUAACGUCACAAUCAUUGGAGAGGUUUCAACAUCAAUACAGUUACCACCACACAAGACACAACAUGCAGAACUGCCCUUCAAGACUGGGAUACCUGACGGAGUAUUUUCUUGUACAUUGCAAGUUGCUGGAUUGAUUAAAGCAGUGAUGUCCCUGUGGUCACCAAUAUCCAUCGGAGAGUCUGGUCUUUGUCUUUUUACUAUGACCAGAGUACUGACAACUUACCAUGAACCCUCACUGAUGAAGUAUGAGGUUAUUUACAAUGAGAGAGGCAUACCAGUCCAUCCUCUCACAAAGAAACCUGUCCAGAUUCUCCCUACCUCAGAAAUAUUUUUGUUGAACCUCGUUUUUGGUUACUACCUCUUGGUGAUUGGUUUUCAUUGGUUGAUAUUGAGGAUUUCAGGGCUGGAUAUAAGAUAUCAAUACAAGAGAGAGGCAAAAUCCUGGCAUCAGAAGUUGAUAACUCCAGUUACCUCCCCCUUAGAUGAUUCUCCAGCUGACAUGGGGAUACAUUAUAAUUCAGACACAAGUGGAAGAGCUGAUGAUGUAAAGAGGAAAUUAUUUGGCUCCACUGAUAAACAACUUGUUUAUGAACAGUAUAAAAAGCAGAAGAAAGAACUACAAAAAUUUCUGAAGAAUUCUGUUGAUGAGAAAGAAAAAGAGAAAUUGAGGAAAGCUAGAAGAUCUGCUUCUAAAGGUCAACGAAGAAGUUUGAACAGAAAAAUACCAAUACAGGCACUGAUGGAUCUUGACCAUGUUUUCUUUAACUACCAAAGACAAUCAACUGUACUGAAGAACUCAGGACAAUGUUUUAGUUUAUGUGGAUUAUUGUCUAGAAAUGGAAGGAAGUACAGGUUUGAAUUAGGACCAUACAAUGUACAGAUGUGUGAAAAUAUAGAAGGCGUAGCACGGAAACUAGUGAAUCCUCAGCAAAUUAUUCAUCCGUUACAGUUUAUGACAGAAAUGAACGCCACAGCCGUACAUCAAUAUAUUACCACAGGGCCACUCUACCCUUGUCUAAAUACACUUAUUACAUUCAAGUGUAGAAGACAUUGAUUUAAAUGUUCCUCCCUUGUCUAAAUACACUUAUGUAAUACAUUUAUAGCAAGCAUUGAAUAAAAUGUAAUGUAAAAUGUUGUCAUCAUAUGAGCUGCAUCAGAUAGAAAUCGACCUUAUGCAAAUGAAUAUCAAUAUAUGUGUUAACUUAUUUCGGGUUGAAAAAAAUCUCUACGCAAAUUCUGUAAAGGUUUGAAAAUUGAGGCAAUAUAAGAACCCUACAACACAGACCAAAAUUCAACUUUUAUUUCGUAUUUGAAUGUUCCAAAAUAAAUCAAAGUCUUAUACAUGUACGUGUUUAUAUGUUCACUUGCAUAAGGUCGAUUUCUAUCUGACUGAGCUCAUAUUACAGUAGGGAUAUGUUUGUCAGUUAUCAUAUCUUAGUAUUACUGUCAAUUCUUUAUUAUUCGUUGGAUUCCAAUGUUCCUUGAUUUGUAGGAUUAGGGGAACCACAAAUUUAAAUGUUCAACGAAUUACAAAUUUUCAAUAGGCUUGUAUGCAGAUUUUGAAAAAAACCAUGAAAUUAAAUAUCCACGAUUAUGUAAGUUUUCCUCAAUGAACGAAAAUUGGUACUCAUGAAAAUAAAUGAAUCUACAGUAGAUACCAUUUGUAUGACUGCUUUAUGGAGGGUUAAAAUGUAUAAUGUUUUGGAUGCAGUACAUGUAUACAAUAAAAUUUUCAUUCAGUCUUAUUUUAACAGCAUUAUUAUAACUGUUUUAAUAAAAUUUAGUAUUUUUACAUUUGGUAUACAAGAAAUUCUACACUUACUCUUUUUUUUCUUAACUUCUGCAACAUUUCAAUUUUCAGAGAUGAGUGCCUAUGAAAAUGUAAUUAUAACGAAAAUUUCGCAAUCUGCAUUUUAAAAACUGCUAAAUAUAUUUCAACAUAACUUAUAUCACUACUUUCUGAUUACAGUACAUCAAAGUUUAGUAUCAAUGUGUUUACAAUUCCCAAAGAUUAGAUUUUAGAAAUCAAAUUAGAUAUUGAAUUUGUAUAUUAACUGAAAUAGAUGUG